GCACAUUCAAAACCUAUUCUGUUUUUAAAUGCAUAACAAAAUUGAAAAUUUUAUGAAAUAGCUUGACAUGCCUCCACUAAAAAUUACAAUGGAGCCAGAAUAUAAUGCAAUGCUGCUGCCAAUUAUAACCGCCGUAAUGCUGGCCUAUAAUCGUCCAGUUACCACAGAUGAAAUAACUGAUACCGUAAUGGCAAUGCUUAACUCGCAGCGCGACCAUCUGGACUCCAAGUCGAUAUCAAGUCCGGAGCCAACAUCAGAUCCAGCAUAUGCCAAGCUUCGAGUCAUACAUAAGGGAAGGAAGUGAGCAUGUUCUACAACAUUUUGAUAAGAAAUACAUACAAAGUUUGGCAUAUUCUAAAAUAUAUAAAAUAGUUACAUUGAUCCCACAAACUGUAUGCAUUAAUUACUCAAG